AUGUCUUCUCCUGCUCCAUCGUCGCCUUCUCCCCUUCGUUCUCGACCUGAACACCAUCGCCAACAUCACCAUCAGGAAUUCUACGAAGAAGCCCCCUCUCAGCCACUGCCCUAUGAUGCGAGUAUCGCCCUCCUGCAGUCCUUCAACAAUUUUCUCGUUGUCGCCAUUCACAACAUCCUCUACUACCGUGGCAUCUAUCCCCAACCUACCUUUCUCUCUGCCCGCGCCUACAACCUCCCAGUGCAUCAGAACCGCCAUCCGAAGGUCUGCUCCUGGAUUCGCGAUGCUGUCAAAGCCGUGGCCGCUCAAAUCGCCGAGGGUCGUGUAUCACGCAUCGCCGUCGUGAUUCACUCCCCCUUUGAAGUAACACAGUCGUCUGAUCCCACACAAUCAGCAUCAGCCCAGACCAUUCCCCCAGGAUCGGUUCUUGAACGCUGGAUGUUUGACAUCAGUAGAUUCCCAGCGUGGCCCGGAGGUGCCAAGCCAAUGCGAGACUUUGAAAGAGCCCUAGCCAAGGAGUACAGAAACGAAGACAGUCGAGACGACGAGUACUAUUUUCCCACCGCUCAGACGGUGAGCUGGCCCGAUCUCGACGAGCAGUUACGUGGUGCACUACGACGGACAGCCUAUGCGGCCGAGAAGAUGGAUGCCUUGCCCGAGGGAUGUACGUUUAACGUGGCUGUGGAAUUGCGAGACGAUGCCCUUGCGCCCAUUGGGCACCCCCAAGCUUGGAUUCCCUCCGAACCCAAUCUUCAGCCCGCCUCUCGCUCAAAACCGGAGCCAGGCGCAGAUGUGGGAGGUGCCAAGACGACACCAAUCCGCUCUGUCGAGGCAGGCGCCUUGUUCUUCGAGUGUUGGGUCGAAGAAGGGAAGGCGAAGGAGAUGUUGGAGGAGUACGCAAUCGCCGAGGGUUUGGAACCGCCACUCUUCAACACGGCAACACGCGACACUGGUAAAGCUGGCUUGGGUUGCAAAGCAUUCAUAUUGACGGACUACUUCAAGCUCUAG